AUGACAGGAGAAGAGGAAGGAAGAGACGUGGAGGUGGGCGUGGCUAGAGGUGGGAGAAAAGAGAAGAAUGUGGGAUGGAGGGAAUUACCAUAUAUUGUCCAGGAUAUCUCUGUGGAAGACAAGGAGGUAGCAAGAAAAUCUGGGGAGAAAAGCAAGAAAGAAAUGUUAGGAGACUUCAAAAUGGAACAAACAAUGCAAAGGAAAGAGCUCAAGCUAUACAACCCACUGCUCGAGCCAUACAACCCACUGCUCAAGCCAAACAACCCACUGCUCAAGCCAUACAAGCCACUGCUCGAGCCAAACAAGCCACUGCUCAAGCCAUGCAACCCACUGCUCAAGCCAUACAACCCACUGCUCAAGCCAUACAACCCACUGCUCAAGCCAAACAACCCACUGCUCAAGCCAUACAACCCACUGCUCAAGCCAUACAACCCACUGCUCAAGCCAUACAACCCACUGCUCAAGCCAUACAACCCACUGCUCAAGCCAUACAACCCACUGCUCAAGCCAUACAACCCACUGCUCAAGCCAAACAACCCACUGCUCAAGCCAUACAACCCACUGCUCGAGCCAUACUACCCACUGCUCAAGCCAAACAAGCCUGGUCCUGAUCAGAUUUGA